UCCACCUCUAGCCCUGGUUUUCUAGGUUUCUAUUUUGGUCGUGCGCUGUGUUUUAUUUAUGUUUGCCAUGGGAAAAAGAGUGUUGCGUACAGUGCUUAAUUAAGUGCACCUGGUGAACCAGAAGGGCGCUUCAAGCGGUUGACCCCAAACGACACGAAAUCGGCGCUAAGGUAAACAAGUGCUUCGAAAUUGCAGUGAAAUAUCCGUUGCAUUGGCCAGAAAAUCCGAAAAUCGGGCCAUAAAUUGUGAAAAGCGUGCUCUUUUUGGUAUAUAACCAAUUGUGUAUAUUGAUAAUAAGGGUGCAACUUUCGCGGAGGCAACGAAACUCAGGGAACAUCUACUAUUACUCACCAAUCUAUUUUUGCUCAACGAACGAAGAAGGAACAACAACAAACGGAGCAACAAAUGUUUGUUGAAACGAAACUCAGCUGAAGUUAAAGCAAUCUAGUGCGGAUCUGGAGCAGCCUUGAACAGAGGCCGACAAUGGAGCAGCCACUGGUGGUGAAGGCGGAGUACUCCUUCUCGGGCAGCAACAACGACGAGCUGUGCUUCCAGAGGGGCGAUGUCAUCACGGUCACCCAGCGCGAGGACGGCGGCUGGUGGGAGGGAACGCUGAACGAGAAGACUGGCUGGUUCCCCAGCAACUAUGUCAACGAGUGCAAGGUGCAGCUGCCGCUGGCGGAGACCAUCAGGCCGCCGGAGGAGAUCCAGGAGUACCGCUCGGUGGUUCUGAAGGAUCUGCUCGACUCGGAGCGAGCCCAUGUGGCCGAGCUGCAGGGUCUGCUCGAGAAUUUCCUGGAGCCCAUGCAACAGACGCAAAUUCUCAGCCAGGAUGAGUACGCCCAGCUGAUGUGCAACUUUGUGGAGAUCGUGCGCACGCACGAGGAUCUGCUCAUCCAGAUCGAGGAGUGCAACGAUCGAGUGGGAAAACUAUUCCUCACCAGUGCCCCCUUAAUGAAGAAGGUCCACCAGGCCUACUGCGCUGCCCAUCCCAAGGCCAUCGUUAUAUUGGACAAGUACAAGGACGAGUUGGAGAAGUAUAUGGAACGCCAGGGCGCGGCCACCCCGGGACUUCUCGUGCUCACCACGGGCCUGUCGAAGCCCUUCCGCCGCCUGGACAAGUACUCCGCCAUGCUGCAGGAACUGGAGCGGCACAUGGAGAGUAGCCAUCCGGAUCGUGGCGACACCCAGCGCAGUGUGGCCGUGUACAAGGACAUAGCGGCCACCUGCUCGGCCACCCGGCGGCAAAAGGAGCUGGAGCUGCAGGUGCUCACGGGCCCGGUGCGCGGAUGGCAGGGCCAGGAGCUGAGCACCCUCGGCGACAUCAUUCACAUGGGCAGCGUGGCUGUGGGAGCGGAUCAUCGCGAUCGCUACUUUGUGCUCUUCCCCCAGACAUUGCUCUUCCUCAGCGUCAGUCAGCGGAUGAGUGCGUUCAUCUAUGAGGGUAAACUACCGCUGACCGGGAUCAUUGUGAAUCGCCUGGAGGACACGGAUGCCAUUAAGAACGCCUUCGAGAUCAGCAGUCCGCUGAUCGAUCGCAUUGUGGCCGUCUGCCAGGGACCGAACGAGGCCAACAAGUGGGUGGAGCUGCUGAAUGCCAACAAUCCCAGCCUGCCGAUGGGCAUCAAGCGGCAGCUGAGCAACCUGAGCAACUCCUCGCUGGGACACCUAAACGCGGCCCAUCUGAGUCAACACUUGGAUUCGCGGGGCUACUGCACGCGUUUCUCGCUCUGUGCCUACUACUCCGGUCCACCCUGUCAUGUGCGUCCGCUGCGGCUGACGCUGCCGCCCAGCAAUUACCCGCCCACGGCGCCGUACGCCAAUCUCAGUGCCCACUUUGCGAGGCUCGUGAAGGGCGGCGGACUGAGGAGUGCCAUUGUGAAGAUGCUGCUCUAUCCGCAGGCUCGCCAGAGCAUCGAUCUCAAGAGGAUUGCGUUGCGCAAGAAGCGCUGCCACAAGGCGGCGGCCAAGCUGAAGGAUCUCAAUGCCAACCAGGAGUCGGGGCAGUCGGAGCUGGAGCGGCAGGAUGCCAUCGAACUGCCCACGGACUCGGAGAGCUACGACGAUGACUUCGAGGAUGAUUUCUUGCAUUCCUGCGACUCGGAUCCGUUUGAGUAUGUGCAGUUCUACCAGAACAGGCGCAACGAUUCCAUGUGCAAUUCCACGGGCACUUUUGUGGACCAUGGCACUUCUGUCAGGCGGCACUGUUCCUCGAUUAAUCUCAUCAAGUUGGAUUCGGUGGACACGGAUGAGGUGCUGGCACAAAACGAGCUGAAGAAGGAGUCGCUGGUUAUAGGUUCCAGGGCUCUGAGAGCUUUGGCUCGCAAGUCUACGACUAGGAAUUCCAGUGUGCACACUUCCACGGCAACUUUGGAGCUGGGAAUUGGCGGCAGCAUAACCAGCUGCGUGGAAGAGGAGCCAAAAGGGGCAUUCUCCCUGCAACAACAGAGCUCUGAUGCCAGCUCCAUGUAUGCAGGCAGGCUGGGCGGGGCCUUCACCGCCUGCGAGAACCUGGCCAGUUUGCCCGAUGAUCUCAGCCGGGAGUCGAGUGGAGGAGCCGAGGAGCAACCCACUCCACUGCCAGCUUCUCCAACCGAACGUCACAGUAUGCCCACCAUAUUUGUGGGCAAUCGCUUUAAUCAGAGCAAAAACACUGAGGUCUAUGUGCCCACUUGGCGGGAUCGCCAGGAGAUGCAAAAGCAGAGUGUGGAUGCCGAGCAGGAGGAGGAGUUGCACUCCAGUUCCAUGGAUCUGCCCGCUGCCUGUCGCACUGCUCCGGAUAAAUUGCAGGCGGAGCUGCUCUACAACUAUGAAGAGGCUUUGAAGGAACCCCUUGAGUUGCAGCGGGAGCGAGUUUCCCACAAGAGCGACAGUCCCUCGACGGGAAAUCUCAAGAUAGAUGCUAAUUCCGCCACAAGAAGUAGUUCCACCACGGAGCUCUGCAUCGAUGCCUCCUCUAGAAAGCGCAAUCCAGCUCCUCCGAAAAGUAGGGAUUCCAUUAGACGCUGCAUCAGCUAUCAGUUCCUGCAGAUGUCCAAUCGGCAGCCGCCUCCACCACCACCGCCUCGCAGGGACCCCGAUCUCCACCUGGACACCAAAUGCCGCUGCUGUGAGAGCUCCCAGUGUCCCAGUCCGCGAUCGAGCGACAGCGGAAUGGCGGGCAGUUGCACUAUCACUUCCCCGGAUCCUCCCAAUCCGGAAUCCUACUUUCCCCUGGAGGCCGCCGGCCAGGAUAUGCUCGAUAAUGUGGAGCCCGAGAGGUUCGAUGUGUGUGGCAUGUUCAGGGAGAAGUUCCUCACGCCAGAGGCCACCCAGGAUGUGGUCGAUGAGCCUGAUGAGCCCACCACACCGACCAACCGCAAAGAAGAAUCCAACUGCAUUAGUUCCGCUCAAGUGCAAGUGAACACGAGGAGUAUUUUCCUGCCCUCCAGCUCGAGCAUGGACGAGACUACUAGGAAUGUGCCGUCCAAUGAUCUCCUAUUUAGCUCGAGUUCCACGGAUCGACUGGGAGGACCUCAGGCCACCUUCCGCUCGGGAAUGUAUGCGCACUGGUGGAAGAAGGAGCGCCUGCCGCCGGAGGUGGUGCGCGGCAUAGCGCACGCCUACAACAAAAGCCUGCCCUCGAAGGAUUCAAAGGACUCGGGGUCGGUGUGCUCCAGCUGCUUCUGCUCGCUGGGAGCCAGCGGUUACAGCGAGGGCGCCCUGUACUGCUCGGUGUGCCAAAACUGCGCGGAUUACUACAACGGCAGUGCCACCAGCACCACCAACACGACCACCACCACUUCAUCCUCGAGCUGCCCGCUGUGCAGCGAGGACGAGGGCAUGAUCGCCUCCACCCACGACUCCUCCUCGACCAUCGACUGUCCCAUUUGCACGGGCCGCAUUGCUUCCGGCGCCGAAGAAGGCAAGCAAACCGAAAUGGAUCGCCGGCCAGAUGUCGCCGCCCUCGAGCCACAGCCUGCUGCUGCCAACCGGAGGCCGUCCGCCGGCCACGCCCAGCAGCAUCCCGCCCAGCGGCAACAGCAACAGCGGCGGGGGGAGCAACAGCCACCAGGGAUCGCCGGCCACCAACUCGAUGUCGCAUCACAAACGGAGCCAGUCGUUCAACCACCACCUCAGCUACAAUCAGUACACGCCCACUCAGCCUCCACCACAUCAUCUGCAUCCACCACAACCACCAAGUCUGCCAAGUCAUCUGGGGGCAGCCGGCCCCAGAUCAAGUUCAGUCCAGAUACCAAGCAGCAAGAUAGCAGCUCCAAUCCCGGCCUCAUCCAUGGACGCCAGUCCAGCAAUUCAGGCAGCGGCAGCAGCAGCGGCGGCAGCGGCGGGAAUGGGGGUGCCAAACGCAAGGAAAGGAAGCACAAAGGGUGA